UAGCUUGUCAGAUUAACCAAAAAUUUUCCGUCGUAAAGAAACAUUUAUUUUCCCACGUGUCACACUGAUAUAAUCUCACCUAAUUCAGAUAAGCCAUUAAUUUUUAGUCACGUGGACGCUAAAUGUGAAAAUCCUAACUAGAAUGAUUAGUCACUCAAAACAUUAGACUCUGUUUCCAGCCCGAUUAAUAUCGCAUAUAUGUAAGUAAAUGUGAAAUUCUAAUGUGGAAAAUCCCGGAUAUUUUUUGUGGUGAAUGAUCUUCUUCAUGGUAACCGGAUGGUGUCUAAGUAUCUACGUGUAGCUUAACGUCAGAAGAAGCCCCGAGGUUUUAUAGUGACGCAUUUAUUGUGGAGUGAAAAUUCGAAAAAGUGUCAUAUGUUAUUGAAGUCGACAGUCAUCAAGUUAUGCUGAGGACACGCUCUCUCCUGGACUAGCUUAUUUAUUAGUUCCAGUUUCAUCACACUUUUCGGAUAUUCAGCAUUAUCCUUUUUGGAAGUUUCGCCUUGAAUAUGUGGUGCGCAGAAAUCUUUUCCUCUCAUGGAUUUAGAAAAAUAUGAAUUUCUUAUAACCGUUCCAAGUCUUUCAAAAUCAAGGACCUCAUGUUACGGAAAAAAGACGUUCCAUAGUGGGCAGAAUCGGAAUGUUACUUUUCACAAUCCACUACAGCCGACAGCUCUUAACCCAUUUAGAUAUUUUUUAAAUAUAUUCUCUACAUAAUGAAGGAGUUCAAAAUGAUUCAUGCUUUAAAUAACAAACCAAAGAACAGCAAUGUGUGUUUAACUACUGAAUGUAAAAAGGCUGCUUCCAUAAUACGACAGUGUAUGAACCCCAAUGUAGCACCGUGCGAUGACUUCUACCAAUUUGCCUGUGGUAAUUAUACGCAAAACGCAGUAAUUCCGAAAGAUAAGAGUUUUGCCAAUAGAGAUAGUCUUAUCGAAGAAAAAGUGAAGAGCCAACUGAAAAUUAGCAUUGAAGAGAAAAUUCAGAAAAAUGAACCAAGAUCCAUAACUUUAGCGAAAAACUUUUAUAAGGCUUGCAUGGACACAGAAGGUGACUCCUGGAAAGGGGAAAAGUUCGAUUGGAAACAGACAAAUUAUGCUAUGGGCAAAUUGGGAUAUGGAACGGAUUAUUUAUUUACUUUCAAAGUAUCCAUGGAUUCGUUAAACAGCACUAAAAGUAUUUUGAAUAUCGACCAACCACCCCUCGGUAUUAAUCGCGAAUAUUUAAUAAAAGGGUCCAAUAACAGGAUUGUCAAUGCAUACUAUAAUUUUACGGUCGAAAUUGCUGUUCUUUUGAGUGCAAACAGAGCAAGAGCCGAAAAUGAAUUAAAGGAAUCUCUGGAAUUUGAAAUUAAACUUGCCAAUUGCUGCUCUCUUAACCCAAUGACAGUUAAACAGCUAUCAAAGAAAUAUCCAAGUAUUCUUUGGAAGGAAUACUUAAACUCAAUUCUCCAAACGAUCGUAAUUGGUGACAAUGAACUAGAAGCAGCUACGAACGUGUCUAUUUUCUGGGCGCAACAUUUUUUCAAUCAAUUGAGGCAGCCUGUGAACAAAGCAGAUUGGACAGACUACAGUGAUACUACUGUUGUAAACGCUUUUAAUCGUGUAGAGGAAAACAGUAUUGUAAUCCCUGCUGGAAUUCUGCAAGACAUUUACUUUGAUGAACACAGACCUCAGUACAUGAACUAUGCUGUGAUUGGUUCGACUAUUGGACACGAAGUCAGCCAUGGUUUCGAUACUCUUGGUAGCCAAUACGACAAAAAUGGAAACCUUAAGAAUUGGUGGACUCCAGAAAAAAACAAAAAUUUCUUGCGAGAGCAGAUUGCAUUAUAAAGCAGAACGGAAAUUACACCUUUAA